UGGCGCACAGCAGCCACACCUGUACGGAGCCAGCUGCGCCUUACCUGGGCAAAUAUCACCUUCCAUUACUUCUCUUGCUCUGGACAUCCACGGCAUCCUGUUCCUACGCUUCUGUCUCUUUCACCUGACAUGUUGAAGGUCCUGACUUACCUCCAUGACUCGGAGCUCGUGGCCCGGUUCCAGAGACGCUGCGGACUCUUCCUGGUCGAAGCCGCGCAUCACAGCCGAUAUGAGGUGAGGAACUGGCUUUUGCACUUCCUCUUCCUUUUCUCGGCAGGCCUGGGGCAUGAAAUCUUCUACAUCACCUGUCUGCCCUGCAUACACUGGAGCCUGGACCCAUUCCUGUGCCGACGCCUGGUCAACAUGUGGUGUUUGGUGAUGUACAUCGGCCAGGUGAUGAAAGAUACGCUGAAGCUGCCUCGCCCUCUUUCCCCCCCCGUGGUCAAGCUGGAGACACGUGUUGAUGCCGAAUACGGGCUGCCCUCCACCCACGCCAUGGCCGCCACCGCCAUCUCCUUCACCGUUUUACUAAGCGCUCCGUCCAGGAUACAGUUUCAGUUCGAGGUGGGUCUACUGAUUGCACUGACGCUGUCGUCUUUGGUGUGUCUGAGCCGCCUCUACACAGGCAUGCACUCAGUUUUGGAUGUCAUCUGUGGCGCUUUAAUCUCAGCUGUCAUCAUGUUCCUCACCUACCCAUAUUGGGAAACCUUUGACCGUUUCCAGCUCACCAGCCACAUCUCCCCCAUUGCGGCAUUGACACUGCCCCUCUUCCUCAGCUACACAUACCCUGAGCUGGACCAUUACACCACCACACGGGGGGAUACCACCACCAUUCUAGGAGUAGGGGCCGGGUGCUCUGUGGGAUACUGGGUGAAUGAGCAACUAGGGCAGACUUUUGAGCCCCAGGGGGUGCUACCUGUACCCCUACCCACACUGACAGCACAUGCACUGGCACUAGGUGCUGCCCGCUUCAUUGUGGGAGUUUUAGCGUUAGUGGGAACUCGGCGGGUUAUGAAAACACUGAGCCUGCAGGUGUUGUAUUUGUGGUACAGAGUGGCAAAAAAUGACGACAGUGCCAGGAGGAGAAGAGAGAUUGAAGUGCCGUAUAAGUUUUCCACAUACACAGUUGUUGGACUUGUCAAUUCUAUACUGGUCAAUAAAGUAUUCAUUCUACUGGGACUAUUGUGACCUAUUAACACAAGACUGCUGUAUAAUUGUCUGAACUUGUCGUAACAAAAAUGUACCUCAUAUUUAUUUCAAUGUGUAUCAAAUUUAAGGCUGCAACUAACGAUUAU